GGAGGUAUAUCGUGGCGCGGACAGGGUCGCCACACCAGUCAUAGCCCACACUCGGUGCUGGUUAUAGGUGACUCCUCUCUCCUUCACCAUCACAACCUCCACCAGUACACGCUAGGCUCAACCACGGCCUCAAAACAGUGCCUCCAACACCACCAGUUUGACUUCAACAACGGCACCACCUCCACGACAUACCCAAGAACAUGGAUGUCUUACCUCUUCAUCUCAUACUGACUCUUCUAAUAACAAGCACAGGUGGGCGGCGGGCGGACUUCCGGCACGGCGGGUUCCCUAAGUUUCCGGCGGCAUCGGUGGAGGUGGCGAGUGUGAGAGACGACCUGCCGCCCCUCAACGCCUCCCCGUGCGGCCGCACAGCCACCCCCAGGAUCGUCGGCGGCGCCGCUACCACCUACGGCAGCCACCCCUGGCAGGUGAAGAUUGAGGUGUACAAGAGAGGAGAAGGCUUUACCCAUCACUGUGGUGGAGCCAUUAUUUCUGCCUUCCACAUCGUCACUGCCGCCCAUUGUUUGCAAGUACCAGGCCUCUCCCGUCAUGACUACCGCGUUAAGGUGGGAGACUACGAUUUGAACCAGUGGGACCCAGCAGAGCAGAUGUUCGAGAUUGAAGACUGGACCAUCCAUCCAAACUUUGGUGUAGGUGGCCACUACAACAAUGAUGUAGCAGUGGUGAAGGUCCAAGCUCAACAAGGUAAAGGUUUCCAGAUGUCGAGGUUCGUGACGCCAGCAUGCCUACCCUCUCACACGACACCCUAUACCACAGGCACCAAGUGCCAAGUGUCAGGCUGGGGCCUCACUGACCCUGAGAACUACUUCUCCAAGUCACAGUUGUUGCACAGCACAGAGGUCCUGCUUAUGUCAGAGAGAGAGUGCGAGCAGCUGCAUGGAUCCCGAGGAUAUGGUUCUGGUAUGAUAUGCGCAGGCUACCUUGAAGGCAAGAAAGACUCGUGCAAUGGCGACUCUGGGGGCCCACUUGCUUGUAAUAUUGAUGGGUCGUAUAUACUACUUGGUGUGGUGUCGUGGGGAAAAAAUUGUGGCAAACCAAACCAGCCCGGAGUAUAUACACACAUCCAGUACUACUUGGACUGGAUACAAAGUGUGAUUAAAACUUAAAAGGACUUACUAGGUAAAAAUUACCUUUCAUGUUUUAUAUGCCUGCAGGAAGUACACAGAAAAAUGGAAAAAAAGAAAACAAUAUACGUACAUUAAAGGCUUACAGCAGAAAUAUAAUGAGCAAGUUUAACAGAUACUAUAUUAUUUUAUUUCAUGGGCCAUUACUGUAGUCAUGGAAAGCACUAAACCCAUAGGGAUCAGCAAAUACUAUAUUAGAUAUAAGACACUAUUGACUUCAGUGGCCAUAUCAUGACUAAUUAUGAUUGAUUUAUUAAAACAAAUAGUGCUAGCUAUGGUAUCACCAGAGAUGAUGAGGCUGGCAGUGGUUUUACAAUAGUUCUAGUUUACUGCAAUGUGCAAACUUUACAAGAUUAAAUCCAUAGUUGUAUUACAUAUAGUACAUGUUCACCUUUCUAAUAGUUUGAUGGUAAUACAUAUGUUUCUAAACUACCUACCAAAGAUUGUGAUGAAUAGUUUGCAGUCUUGACUAAACAUUAGUCAAAGUCUUUGCAAAUAGAUUUACAUCUAUAUUAUAUGCAAAUACUGUACAAGUGAUAAUACCAUGCAACUGCAGAGGACUAGUCAGUCUUCAAAUAUUAAUUAUAUGCAUAGUUCUUGAGGCACCUAUAAUGCCAGGAGCAAGGGGCUAGCAACCUCUUCUCCUUUAUAAACUACUAAAUUUAAAAAGAAAAACUGCUUUUUCUUUUUAGGUCACCCUGCCUUGGUGGGAUACGGCCAGUGUAUUAAAAAAAAUUGUAUAGUUCUUAAGAGUUAGCCAUCUUGUUAGGCAGUCUUGAGGUAACACUUACCUAAAUGUGUGUCAGUUUAUAAGAGAGGUCAUUUAUUAUUGAUGAUUAACAACAUUUAAAGAAGUAUUCCUUAUACACUAUCAUAAGGUAAUGAUUAAUAAAGCCUAAUGUCACUUUUAUCAUGUAGUGGCUUAUGUAAAUAUUUUAAUUUUUCAAUAAUUUGAAUAUUUCAUUUUGUAGAUAUGCCUUUAAAAGUAUAGCAGCUAGUCUCUCAUUUUCUUCACACAACAUUUAGUGCCAAGUUUAGACUCAUCUCAUUUAAAUUGAUAAUGCCACUUUUCCCAUUUUCACCUUCCCUCCAUCCCCCACAUAUACACAUAAAUACCCAGUAUAAGAAAUGCUUUCAGGAACCUCAAAAAAAAAAAAAAUCAGAAUAGUAGUAGUGUACAGCACCAGUAUGAAUUUUAAA